AUGAAAGACUUAUUCAACGUGGAAAACAAGGUUGUCUUGGUAACCGGUGGAUCUAGCGGAAUUGGGGAGAUGAUCGCUACGGGAUACGUGGAAGCUGGCUCAAAGGUUUAUAUCACAAGUAGAAAGGCAAACGUGUGCGCAGAGGUUGCAUCCAAAUUAAACAUGCGAGGUCCUGGUCAAUGUUUUGCUAUCCCUGCAGAUCUUCAAAAGCCUGACCAUCUCAAAAGUCUUGUUGCCGAUAUCUCCCAACGCGAAGAUCAUCUUGACGUCCUUGUAAACUGUGCUGGCGCAGUGUGGAACGAAGGAUUCGACACUUUUCCUGAUGAGGCCUUUGAAAAGGUCAUCAACUUGAAUUUACGACGCGUGUUCCAAUUGACCCAGUUAUGCUUCCCAUUAUUGACAGCAAAGGCGUCCACUUCCAAUCCCAGCAGCGUAAUCAACAUUGGAUCGGUUAACGGAUUUGGUGCAGUGGCCACCGAAACGUAUUCCUAUACAGCUGCCAAAGCUGGUUUGCAUCACAUGACACGACACAUGGCUGGAAAACUUGGGCAUAGAGGAGUCACCUUUAACGUGGUUGCACCUGGUGCUUUUCAAUCCAAAAUUAUGGCAGAAACACUGCAAAAGCAUGGUAACAGGAUUAUGGCUGCAAAUCCUAUGGGCCGCAUUGGUACAGCUGAAGACAUUGCAGGCACUUGCAUCUACCUAUCAUCUCGAGCGGGUCAACAUACAAAUGGGGCAGUGAUUGCAGUGGAUGGAGGAUCUUCGUGGUACGCCUCUAAAUGGUGA